UUCCGCUCAAAACGAAAGUAGAAAAACACGUGAGAUUGAGCAUAGAAAUGUCAAGAACAACAAUUUGCAAUUCUCAGUUGUACAUUUCCUACAAGCUGCUCACAACCAACAAAUUCAUAUCAUUUAAACAGAUGCGUCACAUACGAUAUAAGAAAAAAAUGGCUUUCCAGAGCAAUCCAAAGAGUAAUAAACAACAUGCCUUAAAUAACUUUGACAUGUAUUACAGUAAUUAUUAUAAAGAACUGUGGCCAUCUAUUAGAAUAUCUCUGUUAUCACAACAGAAAUAUUGUGCUUUGGUAAAUCACUGUGAUGAGGGCACAACCUUCAAAGCAGAGUCAAUUUUAUCUGAUUUAGGUGCAGAAGACUUCAUACAGAAAGCUGUUGAUAUUUCAACGGAUUUAAAAACGGAACAUUCACAAAGCAUUGAAACUGGUAGUUUAAGUACUAAAAAGGACAAGCUUAUUGAUUCUGAUGAUUCAGAUAAAGACAAUACACAACCUUCUCAUAGAAGUGAUUCCAUUGUAUUUUCCAGUAACAAUGAACCUUUAGAUGAAAAGAAUACUAGUUUAUAUGAUUUUAUGCCUACAAAUAAAGUUUAUACUCAGAGAGAAUUUCUAUAUCAAGAACUUGCCAGACAGAAUACAUUUGAGGAUACGGACUUCCCAGUCAAUGUUAUUACAGAGGAUAUUCCUGGCAUACCUGAUACACUCAAAGCAUACUGUCAUAAGAGAGGAAAUAUUGAUCUGUUUCCAGAACCUACCAUCAGUAGGGGAAAUAGUAAACUAGGUUAUUACAUGAUGGAUGCUGCCUCCUUGUUACCAGUUAUUGCCCUUGAUGUACAAGAUAAUGAUAAUGUCCUAGACAUGUGUUCUGCUCCUGGUGGAAAGAUGUUGGCAAUGUUACAGUAUCAACAUUCAGGCACAUUGCUUUGUAAUGAUUCAUCAAAAAGUAGACUUCAAAGAUUGACAAGGACACUGCACUCCUAUGGCAACCAGACAAUGAUUGACAUGGUCACAGUUCAUCAAGAUGAUGGUGUGACCUUAAAUGAACCUAGUUAUGAAAAGGUAUUGGUAGAUGUUCCCUGUACAAAUGACAGACAUUCUGCUUUGGAAGAUGAUAAUAAUAUGUUUAAACCAGGUAGAAUGAAAGAAAGACUUCAGAUACCUGCAACUCAAAAGCAUUUAUUAUUAGCUGGUAUAAUGUCAUGUGUACCAGGAGGAAGUGUUGUAUAUUCUACAUGUUCAUUAUCUCCAGGCCAGAAUGAUGGUGUCAUCCAGGCAACAUUAGAACAUAUAUGGAAGGAAACCAGUAUAGAUAUUAGUGUUGUUGACUUAAGUUAUAUGCCAAAACUAUUUAAGGAUACAUUCAGUUUUUAUCCUAGUUGCCGGUUUGGACAGUUAGUUCUACCUAAUCUGAGGGCAAACUUUGGACCUAUGUUUAUAUGUAAAUUAAAGAGAAUCAAAUAAUCAAUGCUUUAGAGUUACUAUGUAUAAUAUGACUAAAAGGAGGUGUGUGAUAUAUGUCAAUCAGACAGCUACCCUACAACACUAAUAACCAAAACAUAUAGAAACAUACAGUCUUCAACAAUAGAUACAUGAAAAAUUAUUACACCAGGGUUUUCGAUAUCACAAACUAGUCAAAACAAUUACUAAAUUUUAUCAUCGAUACAAGGACAUCAUUCAUAAAUAUAAAUCAACAUGCAGAAAUCUUAUACGUUCAGGUACAGUACUCUUAAGGACAUACUGAGAUUGAUAACUUUGAGAGACAUUGUGUCUGACAUGACAGUCUUAAGGACAGACACAAAAACCAGGUGUGAUCUCAUGCUGUUUAGUAAUUAAGGUUACCUGAAUCAAGGAGCAUGAAUGAUAAACUGUUAGAUUACAUAACCUUGUUUACAAAUAUGUUAUCAGCUAAUAAUUUCAAAUUUUGCUUCCUUUACAGGUACUAAAAAAUAUUAUCCA